AUGUCUGGAGAUGCUCAGAACUUUUUCCUGGAUCUGUGCUCUGAGAUCACCCUUGGUGUGGAUCAAGGCUCAGCUGCCAUCCAGGGACCAGGAAGUGUAAGAGGCUACGUUGGAGGGUCCUUGAAUGUGACCUGUUACUAUGACGAUGGGUAUGAGUCGUACUGGAAGUGGUGGUGUCGAGGAGAGGGCUGGCGUUCCUGCAGGAUCUUGGCACAAACCACUGGAACAGAGCAGGCAGUGCAGGAGGACCGCGUGACCAUCAGGGACAGCCACAGUCGGCGCAGGUUCACCGUGACCAUGGAGAGGCUCAGUUUCGAUGACAUAGACACGUACUGGUGCGGGAUUGCAAGAUCUGGAACUGAUCUGGGAGUCCAGGUGAAAGUGUCCGUGGUCCCAGCACCAACCACCACGACACCACGACCACCACAACGACUACGACCACCACCACGACCACGACAACCACCACCCCCCCCACCACGACGACCACCCCACCACGACCACGAGGGCACCCACAACAUCAGUCCCCCAGAAGAGACCAGGCACUCCUCCAAUAUGACCGGUCUCUUCUCCAGCUCCACGAGCUUCCCCAUCCCCCUUCUCCUCUACAUCAUCCCUGCCAUUUUGUCGCUUCCCUUGCUGGUGGCCGCCCUGCUUAUUUGGAGGAAACGGAAGGGAAGACGUAUGACAGCUCUGGAGGCCUCACCAAAGCCGGAUGACCAGGAGGAGGAGAUGUCCUACUACGGGAAUCUGCCUUCACGUCCUUGUGAACCAGAGCCCAUUUAUGCCAACACGGUCCCCCGGAAGUCCCUUAGUGCCAGCAGGAAUUUUGAAGUGUCUAACAAGUACAGCAGCAUCAAGAAGCCCAAGGCUGGGUUCUGA